AUGAUUUCACCAUUUAAGUUUGGACCUUGGUUGUAUCCUUUUCGAAAUGGUGUUUCAUUUAUUAACAAUAUUUUUGCAUCUUGCAUAUUUUUCCCAUUGCAUCUAACUCAGAAGUUCGACUCAGACUCCUACAUUGCUACUUUGAUUGCAGCCAUCAGUUCGGGUUCCAGCGGUAUCUCUGCAUCUGCCUCUGAGCUUGAUCAAACCAGUCUUCCAAUCAACCAGCCACCUGGUCUGCUUCCAACCGAGAUCCGCCGGUUGGUGGAGUCAAGGCGUGAAGUGAAAAAGCUGAUAGCAUCGGCUACAGCUGCCAAUUCUGUCCAAACCGAGGCUGAUCUCACUCAGAUGGCCCAAUGGAACAUUCGUCAGGCCGCGCUUAAACUGACUGCAAACAGUGUCUACGGCUGUUUGGGCUUUUCCGCCUCGCGAUUCUACGCAUUGGGCCUCGCAGCCCUAGUUACCGGCCUCGGACGAUCGCUGUUGAUACACACUAAAGAGCUUGUCGAAGCCAUGAAUCUUGAGGUCAUUUUUCACAUGUUUCUUAGCUUCUUGUUGGUGUCCUUUUAA